UAUUUCAACAGCCGAAGAAGAAGCCGCGGCAGGAGCAACAGUAGUAGAAGAAGAAGUUGUUAUCUUCAAUUUCCGGGGAAACAUCGCAUUCGCGAUGGGAUCCAGCAACCUGGAUAAGAUCAUUUCACUACAGAAAAACGCAGCCAACAUCAGAAACCUGUGUAUUCUGGCCCACGUUGAUCACGGCAAAACGACUCUGGCUGACUGCUUAGUUGCAAGCAAUGGUAUCAUUUCAACCCGACUGGCUGGUAAGUUGAGGUAUCUGGACAGCAGAGAGGAUGAACAGAUCCGAGGAAUCACCAUGAAGUCCAGUGCCAUCACUCUGCACUACCGUCACGGAGAUCAGGAGUACUUACUCAAUCUGAUUGACUCUCCUGGUCAUGUUGACUUCUCCUCGGAGGUUUCCACUGCUGUCAGAUUGUGUGACGGAGCAAUUGUACUCGUAGAUGCCGUGGAGGGAGUUUGUCCUCAGACCCAGGUUGUACUUCGUCAAGCAUGGCUGGAGAAGAUAAGACCUGUUCUGGUCAUCAAUAAGAUAGAUAGGUUAAUCUUGGAGCUAAAACUCACCCCUGAAGAAGCUUACACUCACCUGAAGAAGCUCUUACAACAGGUGAAUGCCGUGACUGGGACAUUGUUCACAUCCAAAGUGCUGGAGGAGCGAGCGGAAAAAGUAAAAGAGGAAGAUAAAAAGUGUGAGACCUUGAGUGAAGAUCAGGUUUAUGACUGGAGCUCUGGACUGGAUGAAGUUGACGACUCAAACCUCUACUUUUGUCCCGACCAAGGAAAUGUGGUUUUUGCAAGUACCAUAGAUGGAUUGGGUUUCAGCAUCAAGCAGUUUGCUAACAUCUACAGUCAGAGAAUGGGUGUGAAGGCAGAGGUGUUAUUGAAAACCUUGUGGGGAGAUUUCCACCUCAGUGCAAAAGCAAAAAGGAUAAUGAAAGGAGCUCAGGCCAAAGGCAAGAAGCCACUGUUUGUGCAGCUUGUUCUGGAUAACAUCUGGAACUUAUAUGAUGCAGUUAUCAUCAAAAGAGACAAGGAGAAGGUGGCAAAGGUGUUGACUUCUCUGGGGAUAAAGGUGAUGGCCAGGGACUUGCGUCACUCAGAUCCAAAAGUCUUGUUGUCUGCCAUCUGCAGCCAGUGGUUACCUGUAUCACAGGCGGUGCUCUCUAUGGUAUGUGAGAAGCUUCCCAGUCCUUUAGACAUGACAGCAGAAAGGGUGGAAAAGCUGAUGAGUGUUGGAGCCUGUCGAUUUGACUCACUGCCUAAACGGACGCAAGAGCUGAAAACAGCAUUCCUUGAGUGUUCCAGUGGGGAAAAUGCUCCUGUCAUCAUCUUCAUUUCCAAGAUGUUUGCUGUUGACAUCAAGUCUUUACCCCAAAAUAAACAGAGGCCUUUAAACCAGGAGGAGAUUGCUAAGCGUAGAGAACUGGCAAGGCAACGGCAUGCUGAGAGGGUUGUUGGCGAGAAGACGGCUGCAGAGAACAAUGAAGAGGUUACCCACUCACAUACUGUUGCAUCAGAAUGUCGAUCUGAAGAAUUCAGUCCAGGUGAGAUUGAGAAUGUAACCCAAAAGGACUCUACACUAGAGAAGCAAGAGCAGGCAAAGGAGGUCUUUAUAGCAUUCGCCCGAGUCUACAGUGGGGUCGUCAAGAAAGGUCAAAGGAUGUUUGUGCUUGGGCCAAAGUAUAAUCCUGCACAAGGCUUGCACUCGCUGAUGGAGAGCGGUGGAUCCAACUGGAUCAGCGGUGGAUCAGAUUGCGUGUCUGAUGUUCCUCAUCUGUCCUAUUGUUCCAUUGAAGGGCUUUAUCUGCUGAUGGGUAAAGAGCUAGAAGAACUGGAAGAAGUCCCUGCAGGGAAUGUUCUGGGUAUUGGAGGGUUAGAGGACUGUGUCUUGAAGUCGGCUACUCUGUCCAUGUCUUUGGCUUGUCCUCCUUUCAUCCCACUCAACUUUGAAGUCUCACCAAUUGUACGUGUUGCUGUUGAACCAAAACAUCCAGGUGAAAUGCCGAAGCUGGUGCAUGGCAUGCGCUUGUUGAACCAGGCUGAUCCCUGCGCAGAAGUUCUGAUCCAGGAAACGGGAGAACACGUUCUGAUCACUGCUGGAGAGGUUCACCUGCAGCGCUGCCUAGACGACCUCAGAGACCGGUUUGCCAAAAUAGAGAUCAGUGUGUCUAAGCCCAUUAUUCCAUUCAGAGAAACUGUGGUUCGUCCUCCAAAAAUGGAUAUGGUCAACGAGGACCUUGGCAAGCAACAGAAAGUUGCCAUCAUUCAUCAGGUGAAGGAAGAGGUCUCUCAUUCAUCUGACACUCUGCACAUCCACCCCAGUGGUCUGGUUACCCUCACAACUCCCAACAGACUGGCAACCAUCUGUGUCCGGGCAACACCGCUACCACCGGAAGUGACUUGUCUGUUGGAGGGUAGUGCUGAUGUGAUUCGCACUCUGGAGCAGUUGAACGCAUCCUUGAAGGAGGGGAAGAAUAUGGACAUGAGCUGCAGAAGUCUGGACGCCAUUGCUGGACUAAAGGCCCGGCUGGAAAGCCUUUUCCAGGGGAGGAAAUGGAGAAACACUGUGGAACGUAUCUGGGCCUUUGGACCACGCAGGUAUGGUCCCAACAUUCUGUUAAACAGCAUAAAGGACUACAAGCGACCUUCAAUAUGGCAGUGUCUGAGUUGGGGAAGCAAAGCUGAUGAGGAUGGAGCUCCAGGGGCUGCUCUCCGAGACCUGGACAGCAGCAUCAUCAGUGGUUUCCAGCUAGCAACUUUGUCAGGGCCCGUUUGUGAAGAGCCCCUGAUGGGAGUUUGCUUCUCUCUUGAGAGUUGGGACAUUGAAUCAUCAGCCCCACGACAACAUCAAGACUACCUGCCAGAAGACCUUAAAACCCAAGAAUCUGUAGCGGACAGUAGAGUAGAGGGAACUAGCAAGGACGUAGCAACAGGGCCAGGCUGUUACGGGCCGGCGUCGGGCCAGCUGAUCGCUGCCAUGAAGGAGGCCUGUCGUCACGCUUUCCAGGCUCAGCCCCAGAGACUCAUGGCAGCCAUGUAUACCUGUGAGAUCAUGGCCACUGCAGAUGUUCUGGGCAGGGUUUAUAGUGUCCUGGGAAAACGAGAGGGCCGUGUCCUCCAAGAAGAGAUGAAGGAAGGGACGGAUAUAUUUAACAUCAAAGCAGUUCUUCCUGUUGCUGAGAGCUUUGGGUUUGCUGAUGAGAUCCGCAAAAAGACCAGUGGCUUGGCCAGUCCACAACUCGUCUUCACCCACUGGGAGGUGAUCAGCUGUGAUCCAUACUGGAUUCCUACCACGGAGGAAGAAUAUCUGCAUUUUGGGGAGAAAGCAGACUCCGUCAACCAGGCCCAUAAAUACAUGAAUGGCGUCCGCCGACGGAAAGGUCUUUAUGUGGAAGAGAAGACAGUGGAACAUGCAGAAAAGCAAAGAACACUAGGCAAGAAGAAGUAGAGGAAAUACAAGUUCUUGGUGUCAAGAAAAUGUCCCUAUGCAGUUUUCACUGUGCUUUCAAAUAAUUCUUUAUAAAGGGUGUUGCAGAAAUUAUAUUAAUUGUUAUAAGUCUGCAUUUUUCCACUUUUCCUGUUCUUCUGAAGCCUAAAAGAACAGCCACAAAAAGUACCUCCCAACAUUCAGCAGUAAAUGAUGUGUGAAAGAACUUUUGUGUGUGAAAAUGUUUUUCUUGUCUUCAUUAUUAAUGUACAUAAUUGUGUGAAUACUUUUUAGCAUAUCUUUGUCAUUUAAAAACAUUGGAAAUAAUGUUUCAAAGUUAUUCAAACACUGCAAAAGUUCAAAAUGUUCAAAUCCAAACAGCUUCAGCAUUCAUUCAUUCAUUACGAGCUUCAGCAUUCAUUCAUUCAUUCAUCCAUUCAUUACCAGCUUCAGCAUUCAUUCAUUCAUUCAUUCAUUACUAGCUUCAGCAUUCAUUCAUUCAUUACCAGCUUUGGCAUUCAUCCAUUCAUCCAUUCAUUCAUUACCAGCUUCAGCAUCAAUCAUUCAUUCAUGCAUUACCAGCUUAUAUAUAUA